AUGGAUCCCAAUGGAUCUGAAUGGAUUCAAAUGGAUUCAAAUGGAUUCAAAUGGAUUCAAAAGGGCCCGGUUUUCAUUUUUCGAAAAAAAAACCCCCCAGCCAAUGUAAAAAUAAACCUGAAUCUAUGCCAAUCGAUCCCCCUCGAUCUGCCUAUAAAAAGUCUAAAAUUUAAGAGGGAGACCGAUUCAAUCCCAUUCAUAUAG